AUGGCAGCCAUAGUAACUGGUCUCAUCCCUAUCCUGAGGACAGCAGUGGACACCACCACCACCUACAAGUGCCGCUCCGUGUGGUUCGGCUUCCUGUGCCUCCGCCUCGUAAUCCUCUUCAUCGCUCAGCUACCGUUCACCAAGCUGGACGCUGACUUCACGUGCAACGGCACGAGAGACAACAUCUGCACCAAAUCCUGCUUUAAUAGACAGUUCCACAAACCCAUGGUGGUAGCCUGGAACUUCAUCUUUGUCCUGGUCAACGGCCCUUAA